AUGCCACGGGCGCCCGGAGAGCAACAAAGCCCGUACUACCCACCGGCGCACCAACAACAACGCCAACAGUUUCGCGCUCAGCAGGCUGGUUUCCACCCCACGCUCAUCACAACAGCCUACCCUCCAUCCACGCAGUACAACUCGCCCAUCUCACCGCUUGCGACCCAAGGGAGCAUCUCGCCGACCUCUUCCAAAAACUACAUCACUCGCCAAAUUCGGCCCUUGUACGUCCCGGCUGUGCUUCGCCCGACCCAGUUUCCGUCUAGAGAGCCUCCGCUUCGGCCAUCCUCAGAAGAUGGCGAUGUUACACCUGAAGAAGGCCUGCGUCCCAGCAGCAGCUUCAUGAGCCUUGGCGGUCUCAGCGCAUUUAGUCGUUUAAGCAGACGGUCUACCGGCGACAGCUCUAAAUCGACCGAUAGCACUUGGAAUCUUGACCAGUUCCCCGCACCGACGGGCUUACCCACUCGUCAGCACUGGAAGCCUGACCAGGAGUCGACGAUCUGCGACGACACAGCCUGCAAGCGGCAUUUCAGCUACUUUAUCCGCCGUCAUCACUGCCGUAAAUGCGGCAAUAUUUUCUGCGAUGACCAUAGCGCUUUCGAGAUCCCUCUUGACCAAGACGCCAACUUUAACCCUCGUGGCGUGCCCAGCCGUGCGUGCGGCCACUGCUACAUGCAGUUCAAGGAAUGGCGCAUCCUUGCGACCGGCAAGUUGUCCACUAGCAGCUCGCCCGAUAGUGCCCACGGUCGCCAGCUUCAGAACCAGUUCGAUAUUCCCUCCACCCCAGUAGCUACCUCGCCGACCGCCGCGAACAUCGGACAACUACCGGUACACGCCCAGGAUGCCGCGCACAGUGUGCCGAGGGAUUGGAACUGGAGUACAUUUUAA